GGGUCGCGGGUGGUGAAUUGAAUUAAAUAUUUAUUUUAUUUCUAAUUAUGAGAGAUUUAUAGAAACAGUAGCCUUUGAAGAUGCUUAAACGGUUUCCGCAUAGUGUUAAAAGCGUAAAGCUAUAUUUUAUUCAUUUAAUCUCAAUUUCUUUUAAGUUCUCUUUUGCAUAGGAUGUGCUUUGGAAUCGAUAACCCAUUUUGUAGCUGGUGAACUUAAAGACUGAUUGUGGUUAAAUAGCAUAUCAUGCCCUUGUGAUAGAUUGUUCUCCAUGUUUUAAAUCUCCAGUUAACUCACAAAUCAUGUUAUUUACGCCGAUUUACAUCGCUAUGACGUUCAUAAAGACCUGGCGUAUUCGAUCUUUUCGAUCUCGUCUUUUGGAGUUUUUGAGUGGAAAUACAAGUGUUGCAUUUUGUAAAGUUCCAGAAAAUGCGGCAGAAACACCUACCCUUAGUUCGAAAUUGUGUACAAAUCCCAAGAAUGCCUACUUAUGUGAUUUGCUGGACUAUACAAAUGCCUCUCGAAUAUGUAGUAUGAAACCAACACAAUGUAUAGAGAUAAGCGACUGGGUAUCAUGUGCUGGUGGUCUACCAUUGGGCUCCAAUGAUACAUCAGAAGUCACUGAUGUAGAUUUAGAAGUACUGUUUGAAUGUGAAAUGGACCCACAUGAAGAAAGUUCUCACUAUGACAUCAUUUCGUUGGAGUCAAUGGGUCAGCCAAUAGCAUGGAAAGCUGGAUCACACUUGGCAAUAGUUUUAAAGACAAAUAUUGAACACCUUAGCCUUGUUGGCUUCCAUUUUGUUGGUGGUGAAUUUAUAGUUGAUCAUAAGCUACCAGUUGUCAGGAUUCAAACUGUUCAACUAUCAGGAGAACCUAACAAAGCAACUGAUUUAUCCAUGAGAGGUCUUCGGAGUGAUAUCCAACACAGUCUCAAAUUACCCAAUGAACAAUUUCAAUGGCCAGUCCAUGCUUCUCUUUUGAGAAAAUUAUCAAAAGUAGUAGAUAUAAAAUCAGAUAGAAGUGUUACCGUUGAAAUGAAUGGGGGUAGUGAAAAAGUAGAUACUAUACCUGUAACUAGACGAAAUGUUAUGUUAACUGAUGCUGGCACAAUCACAACUAAGUCACUCUCGGGGGAUGAUGAAGAGCCUCCUGUAAUACCUAAAACACAAGAAACUGAACAUAAAACUCCAGAGAAAUCACCAAAGAAAGUUCAAGACCAAAAAGUUGAACCAGAUAACGAAUUAGUAGUAGAAAAUGUUACUGUAGAAAUACAACAUAACAUAACACCGAAAAAGUCGAGUUUGAAGCUUGACUUGAAGAAGGGGACGAGUCAACUUUCAACAUCACUUUUAAACAUAUCUAGUCAAAUUAAAUCAAUUACGACGCAUAAGAGAAUAGUUAGUACUACAGCGCCAAAGAAGCAGCAGCCUCCUCCCCCGGUUGAAACCUGUUCUACAGCAAAAGAGGAAUGUAUAACAAGUCCUCCUACGCAAAUUACGCCGAAGUCAAUGAAAAGUUCCCGUCCAUUAGUUAAUACAAAAUCACCAAACGUUUUGAUAUAUUCAGACAGUGUUGUAGCUAGAGAUAAUUUGGAAGCAUCAUUGAAGAAAGUUUUAGAUUAUGAUAGGUACACAGUAUACAGUGUGUCCCGGGAUACAUUAUGCGCGGGCGCUUGGAGAGGUCGAGCUGCCCUAGUAGCAGUGGCUGGUUGUGCCGGUCGAGCCGCACCUUUACUGUUAGCGCAUCUUUUGGACGGCGGCAGGCUUUUGGCGCUCUGCUCCGAUCUAUUGCAUACAGUGUUGCCGCAUUACAAAACUGCUGAGAUCAGGGAAAAUGAAGUAGUCCAGUUUUCUUAUGACAAAUGGAAGUCUGUUAAAAUGAAACAUCACAUAUUCUGCUAUCAGGCAUCUCCUGCUAAGAAACAGUUUUCCACUGAGAGUGAUAGACAAGCCAGUCAGGAUGCCAAUAUGUGUUGGCCAUCGAAAUAUACUGGCCAUCCAGGACACGAAUUGGAUAUCCAAGUUCUGGCCUCUGAAGAAACUUGGCGAACUCCGUCCUUAUUACAAGCUACAGACCUCACUAACAACGGAAUUGCUAUAUUUUCACAGAUACAUCUAGAAGCAGAUCCGAGCGAUUACCUCGGCGAAGAAGGUAUAAAGAGCAACGAAGCUAGGCUAGAGAUCCUACACAAGAUCCUUGGUGAUAUUCUUGGUCUCCACGUCAAAGAUCCUAAGGAAAUAACUCAAGUGGACUACACUAGGGCAUUUUUCCUCGGAGACCAUGUGCACAAAUUAUCGCUAGUUGAGGGUUGGUGUCCAUCGGAGGAAGGCAAGAGAGUGCAGAAGAUCGGAGACUUAACUUUACAAUGGUGUAUGCGAGGGGAGGAGCCAGUAGAACAACCUUCAGAAAACUUCCUACCUGUUUAUUUGUAUGAAUGCCCUGAAAACUUCUCUACCGUGGAAUAUUUUGAUAACCUAACAUCAACAAGCAUUGGUCGUAUCCUGAUAUACGCGGAUGUGAUGUCAUCAACCCAGCGUGUGAUCGAAGGCCAGCUGUCGCACGGUGCGGGCGCGGUUGCGCGCGCGCAGACCGCGGGGAGGGGGAGGGCUGCCAACCAAUGGAUAUCCCCUGUUGGACAAGCUGUCAUGUCUUUACAGGUGUGGCAGAAAAUGAGUCCCACAAUCCCACUAAUACAGCACGCAACCGCGCUCGCAGUAGUGCGUGCGAUACGCAGCGAUCCUGCCUACGAACAUUUCGAUAUCAGAAUCAAAUGGCCCAACGACAUUUACUAUGGACGUGAUAUGAAAAUCGGUGGUAUUAUUACAACGGCAAGUUGUAUGGUAGACGAUGUUAUUAUCAAUAUAGGAACCGGUGUAAACAUAUCAAACAGUGUACCAACGACAUGUGUGAACGAUAUUAUCAACGAGUACAACACUAAACACGGCACAACACUAGCGACGAUAUCGAUAGAGAAGUUCCUAGCUCGAUACUGCUCUGAGUUGGAGCAAAUAUUGGAUCAAAUUAAUACUGAGGGCGGUGUGGACUCUUUUCUGAAACAGUAUUAUCAAUACUGGUUGCAUGACGACGAAGAAAUCCGCGUACAGACACAAGACGCGGACAGUCCAGUGACUGGCACCAUUAGUGGUUUGGACGAGUACGGCUGGCUGCUAGUUCGCACGGAACAGGGCGAGUUAAGAUUGCAACCCGAUGGCAACACCUUCGAUAUCAUGAGCGGACUUAUUGCACCUAAAAUAUAAAAUACUACGAAAAUGUUGCUAUAUUCACUUUUUAAUGUCAAUGGCAACACCUAAAGUAUAUGUUAAUACCAACACCGCGACUAUUAGAGUGGGAUUAGUAUACCUAAAAUAUUACUACGCUUCAAAAAUGUUAUCAAUUUCGUAUGUCGAUGGUAACACCGAAGAUAUUACGUUGAUUGCAACACCUUCGAUAUCUGACAGGAUUUAUUGCACCUAAAAUUUAAAAGACUUCGAAAGUUUUGCAAUAAUUUCCUAUGUCGAUAGUAAUAUUACGUCGAUGGCAACACCGUGGUAAUCGUGACUACAGUAACACUAAGAACAUAAAAAAGUAUCUAAGUGAAGAAUCUGAAACAUAAAUGGUCCUUUAUAAAGUGUUAAUAUACCUAAAAAUUUUGUUGACUCGUACGUAUAAAACAUAUUAUAGUUCGAAGUAUCGAAAGUUAUUAUCAUUGUAUUUGAAAUUUGAAUCAAAGAAAAAUAACGUUCAAUCUUUCGCUCUCUUUGUAAAGUUUUAAAUUCGUUUCGUUGGUUAUUGUUCAAAUUUGGAAAUUUUUAUUAUGUAUUUAGUUAAUUAUUUGGAUAGAUUUUGGCUAAAUUAUAACUUAAAUUUAAGUUCAUUUUGUGAUAUUGGUCAGGGUUUAUUAUGUGGUUAUUAUUAUAAGUUUGUUGUUGGUUAUAUUAUUCGUAAUUAAAUUAUUUUAAAAUUGGUGAAAAGGUUAGUUUGGGCUCAACGGGAUAAGUUAUAUAAAUAAUUUAUAAUGGAAUUUUGGGUGGGGAAAUUUACACCGUAUUAGAAAAAAAAAACAUUCUAGGUAUAUUCUUAAGUCUUGUUUAACCUUGAUCAAUUUAAACUUAUUUUUGCACUCAAAUGGAAACCAAAGAGUUUUGCUAGUAGAAUGUAAUUCUAAUGCCUCCUCCACACUACUCGCGAAGUUCCUCGGCGAAGUACUCGGCCGAAGUUGACUGAAGUCCGCGGUGCUACACUACACACUCGUUCAAC